ACAAUGAUUAAAAAUAUGUAUGCCGUUUGUGUUGUAUGACUGCAAUUGACAAUAACAACCAACCGGUUCUUAAAUUAUUUUAAAGUAAUAAUUUUACGUAAUUGCUCGUAUAAUUAUUUAUUUAUUCACUUAUAUCAACCUGAACAACGUCUAAAAAGAUUUCAAAGAUGGAAGAAACUAAAGAAGAUGCCCUGAUUCGCAUUCGCUUCCUGGCAAGCAUUACACAAAAUUCCGCUCCUCCCCACUGCCAUCCAAUCACCAUCCUCCUCAUCACUCUCUCCAUCGGAAUCAUUUUCGUCGGCAUGACGAUGACCAUCGUGGCGCACUGGCCUGGCAGUGUUUCUGUCGGCUUUGACCCCCUCAGCAUUCCAGGACCCAUCAUUCUGGCCCUCGGAGGAGCUCUCCUCAUCUGCACCAUCCUCCUUAUCUGGUACUUCAACACCAAGGAAAAAGAUCGGAAAAAAAAGAAGCUGCUCAAUUUCGCACUGCAAAAAUCGAACCUGAACGUUUCGUCAUCAUCAUCGAAACAUCAUCACCAUUACCUCCACCGAUCUCUAGAAUUUGAACCGACGACACGGAAAUCACAAAUCGAGUCACAAGUAGGAGAAGAUGAACCGGAUGUUCGUCUGCUGCACGACUACGGGGAUGAUGGGGCUGACGGAGGGACUGCCACGACAACAAACGAUGGAAUGUAUCGUUCACCCGCCUCCACAAAUGAAACCUCAUCUUCGCCACAAGAUGACACCAUCCCAGAACCAAUAAGAAGCCAUUCUAAAAUUCCAAAAAAGAGUGGAAAAAAGAAAGAAAGAAUAAUUUCCGAAAUGCCAGAAACAACUGAAGUUGGGGAAUGGGAAGAGGAUCCAGAUAGCGGCGAUGCUGCUCAUCACAAAGUCUUCAAAACAACAACAACAACAACAACAACAACAGUCAAACAGACUAAAAAGAAGAAAAUUAACACAAACUAUUCUAGAGACAACGUGCUGGCCAACUUCGAAAGUAAGCAAUCGCAGGAAGUCGGAGGGACCGGGCAGCGACCAGUGGAUGAUGUUGAACGUUCCGUCAGGGUUCAAGUGAAGGUUCCUCCUGGAACCAACGUCAACAUCCGCAACCUUUAAUCAACAUUUAUUGUUAAACUAUUUUCAAGUUAAUUAAUGAGCGCGGAUUCCGGUACAGGGUUUUUCAAAUUUUUUAAAGCAUUAAAUUAUGAAGUCAGAAUGAAGACGAGAAACAAACCAGGGAAUAUACAAAUAAAAGAACUAUUUCAUUAAUAAAUUAUAUUAUUCAUAUAUGUGUAUAUCGGUGAAUGUAUUUAUUCAUAAGAUAUUUAUCUGCCAGUGACUGCAUGUGUGCCACUUUACUUGUUUGUGCGUGCGUGCGUCUAUUUGUUUGUCAAAGCAUCAAUCAGUGUUGUCAAAGUGUUGAAAUUGCAUUUUGAAAAAUUGAUUUUAUAAGGAAUAUUUUAAUUUAUUUGUAUUGAAA